AUGUCUUCGGAUGCCUUCACCCAUCAAGUCCCCAUAAACGGGACUAUGCAAACCAAAGUCUUGCCAGGAAAUCAAACGAACCUGUACUACAUUUUGGUGUCAAAUUUGCCAUGGCAAACAACUUGGAGACAGUUGAAAAACCAUGUGCGGGCAGUAUGCAUGGUUGACCGAGUCGAGGUGUUCAACGAGAGCACGUCUGGUUGGGUUUCUGUUUGGGGUAGGGACAAUUAUGAUGCAGCUCUCCGGCUUCUCAACGGAGGUAUCUUCAACGGACGAGCACUCCUGGCCGAUGGCAAGAAUAUCUCCGAAACUAUCAUGAUCAGGGAAUCCGUGGUUCCUUCAAAAGCGGCCACGGGUUCCUCGAAAACGGCCUCUAAGGCGGUUCCCAAGACCGUUUCCAAGGUGGCUUCCAAAACGGCUUCCAAAGCGAGCUCGAAAUCGAGCGGCUCUACAUCCAAGACCACUCAUGCAUCGAGAUUCAAAACACCUCCCUCGACGCAGUAUGCGGCUAGCACACCCCCGUUGAUGUCACCGCAUGCUACUGGGUACGGGGAGUGGACUUCUCCCGCAACCUCUUCUCUAUAUACAGCUACUUCGUCAAUGGAAUGCGCGCCUUAUACUGCGUCAAGCGCCAUGCCUCCUGAUUACAGCGAGACGCCUAAUUGCUACACCUACGAUACUUCAAGUAGCAGCUACCUAGACCAAUCAACCAUGGUUUCGCCUUCCACGAUGGUACAAUACCCUUAUGAUACAGGCUUCUCCCAGCAAUAUCAAGUGAGCGGGUAUCAAAACAACGAUUACGCCAUGUAUAACAGCAUGCCUAGUCCGGAACCCAUAACGCCGAUGCCAAAUGAUCCUUCCAAUAGCAUGGUUCCAACGAAACAACGUAAAAUCAUUGUGAAACAAAUUCAACCUUCGAUCAAUGUCAACCAGGUACAAGAUCUCAUCCGAAAGAAAGCCGGAUCCGAUGCUGAUAAAAUUCAGCAUGUUGACUUGCCGCUAACUGAAGGCCAAGCAUCAAACAGAGGCUACGCUCUUGUCACGUUCCAGAGCGAAGAGGUGGCCAGCAAGCUGAUUCGGCGACUAAAUGGGUACAAGUACGAAGGUCGGGAACUGAGAGUUGAUUACACCAAAGAAGGCGUAUCCGAAAACGAAAAUGUCAAACACCGAUCUUCGGGUCAUAAAGAGCGGCGAGACGACAGGGAGAAAAAGUCGAAGAAGGAGAGCACUCGAGAGCCAAGUUCACACGACAAGAAAAACAAGUCACACAAAUCAGGCGUUGUCAUUGCUUACGGCACAUCGUCGUCUUCUUCUCCAAAGAAGCCGGACUCGAAGGAGAAGUCAAGCAAACGUCACUAG